GUACACUGAAAACUAUUUUACGGGGGGGAACUCUGAAAUCGGGCUAAAGCUACUGGUGCAUGACCAAGACGAGCCCCCUAUGAUGGACACCCAGGGCAUCGCCCUCGCGCCGGGCAGCCACGCUUUCGUGGGCGUCAAACGCACAGUGUACGAGAACCACGUCCCUCCAUGGGGGGUCUGCGAGGACCUACAGCUGGAGUAUUACGACACCUACACCUUACCUGCCUGCUAUCUGGAGUGCAGAAGUAAACACGUCAUCGCAAACUGCAGCUGUGUUCCCUUCUUCUUACCAGGAAAAGCGCCACACUGCAACCCAGGCAAUAUCUCCACCUGUGUCAGAGCUGUUCUAGGUAGGGUGAUCUCUGGUGAGCUGAAGUGUGACUGUCCCGUACCCUGCAGUAUGAUCAAGUACAGCACGUCUGUGUCCUACGCAGGCUGGCCAAACAAAUUCACCGAGGAAAGCAUCAUCCGAAUUUAUAACCAAACAAAAGACUAUAUGGCAGAAAACGGUGUUGUCUUCAGCGUCUUCUACGAACAACUGAAUUAUCAGAAAGUCCGGGAGCUAAAAGCUAUGGAUAGUGGACAGCUUGCAAGUAACAUAGGAGGAAUGAUGGGCCUGUUUAUAGGAGCCAGCCUGCUGACCAUCCUGGAGGCGUGGGAGUACCUGUGGCAGCGUCUGAAGGGGUUCCUAGGGAAACGUACCAUCAGGAGCCCGAGGGUCGCCGAGGUCCAAACCGAGCCUGAUAACAAAGCCGAGGGCUUGCACAAUGACACUUUUUACAAAUGAACCUUCUUUAAAUCCAAACAUAACGCAGUAAUGAAGGAGCUCUGAACUCCAGAAAGAAUUCUUAACUUGAAAUGUCAUCUGUGUUGGUAGAAGUCAUUAGUCACUAGUUUAACUCUUAUUUUCAAAACAAAAAUUGAACAAAUUUUCGACUAAACAGCACCAGUCUUUCUCAAUGAGACGAACACGUGACUCAGUAAGCAGUGGAUCAUAGGUUGCAGGAAGUCCAUGGCGACUACCGUCUCUGUUCAGGGAUGGUUGUAAGCUCUGAUGUAGAUAGCUUCCUUGGAUUCUUAUUUCGAUUGGAUGAUGUAUUCAUGUAUACAUAAUCAGCCCACUUGUUUUGCAGAAUUCUACAAGUAGUGAUUUACGAGACGUGUGCUUUGUAAAACGAUGUGAUAAUUUGCUAAUUCUAUGCAGACCCUACACAGGCAUUCCUACACGUGUAUUCAUAUCCUUUUUCUUAAAUAUUUUAGAAAUAAGAAAACCAAGAAAUUCAAUUGUUGAUACUACAUAACAUUACACAUAUAUUUUCUUAUCGCAGAUGAAAUUAUUUUCAAAUUGUUACCCAAGUUUUCUAGAGUCUUGUUAGGAACAUUGUAUUCAAUCGUUGGCUGAAAUGGCUUAAUACAUUUGGAGGGUACUUAGAGGAGAUUAGGAGAAUACUGAAUGCUUAAUUACUUGUGGCUACGUUAUCAUAUAUUUGUAUGGCGUGUGAGUUUUUUUUUACCUCCUAAAGUUUUAAUCUAUCACAAAUGUCACCCAAGUUGGAGUUUAGGAAUCUUUUACACCCUUUUCCACUUGGAUGGCGCUCUCGCCGCGCUCUCUCCGCGAUGAUGAUGAUGAUACUUAGGGUGAAGUUAUAUUCCUGUUUUGAACUGUUUGAGAUCCAGUGCAAGCUCAGUUUUUUUUUUUUCUCUGAAAGGUCAAUAUGUUUGUUAAUCUUUUCUCAGUAAAGCAGGUUGCAGUCAGAUUUGUCCAAUAACGAAUAUGAAAAUAAGUAUAU